AUGCUUGUUGACUGACUCUCAGAUGCAGCCAGGAGAUUUCCCUCCGUUCUCCCAGCCUGGAUCCCCAGGUGGUCAAAGGGGGCCGUUUUCCUGCGGCUCCCUGUGGGAUUCCGCCCCGGCCGUCCCGGAGUUCCCCGCGAGUUGGGGCCGGCAGGGUCCCCUCAGCCUCCCAGGAUUCCUGUCAGUGGUAUCCAUUUUAUAUUGCUGUUCAGUCGACAAGGGAAAUUAAGACUGCAGAAAUGGUAUACCACACUACCUGAUAAAGAGCGAAAAAAGAUCAUCCGAGAAAUUGUACAGAUGAUUCUGUCUCGUGGUCAUAAGACCAGCAGUUUUGUUGACUGGAAGGAUCUAAAACUUGUUUAUAAAAGAUAUGCUAGCUUAUAUUUUUGCUGUGCAGUAGAAAAUCAAGACAAUGAACUAUUGACACUAGAGAUUGUACAUCGUUAUGUGGAAUUACUAGACAAGUAUUUUGGAAAUGUCUGUGAGCUGGAUAUUAUAUUUAAUUUUGAAAAGGCAUAUUUUAUCCUUGAUGAGUUUAUCAUGGGUGGAGAAAUCCAAGAAACCUCAAAGAAGUCAGCUGUCAAGGCUAUUGAAGACUCUGAUAUGUUACAGGAGACGAUGGAAGAAUACAUGAGCAAACCUGCAUUUUAGCUGAAAAAUCUACUUGACAACCCACUGAUGCUGCAUGUCAUAAAUCUGCAAAACUUCAGCUGGAUGUGGUUCUUUUCUGAUGUGCCAGAGUCUCAUGCCAAAAAUAAGUUAAAUGGAUUGUGUGCAAAACUUCUUGGAUACUUAAAGACUUAAAAUCUGUAGUAUAUUUGUAACAGAUGCAUAUCUAUAUUAUUGUUUGUACAUGGCUUCUUUUGACUAGCAUUUAAAAGCACCAUCAUUCAGUAGACUGCAUAUUUGUUUGUACAUUGAUUUUUACCAGCAAAGAAAUAAUUUUAAAAUAUUUUUGAGAAAUGACAUGCUAUAUUUUUGCUAGCAUUCACAAAGAACAAGUCAGCAACUCUUUUGUACAAAAAUAUUACAAAUGUACUGCCUACCUUGGACUAAAAUAAUAC